AUGUCCAAGGUAUUUACUGCGGCUGAGGUCGCCCAGCAUAAGACGGCUAAGGACCUCUACAUCACCAUCGACGGCGAUGUUUACGACCUGACCAGCUUCCAAGAUGACCAUCCCGGCGGCAAGAAGAUCCUCCAGCGCGUCGCCGGCAAGGAUGCCUCCAAGAUGUUCUGGAAGUACCAUGGCGAGGGCGUCUUGAAGAAGUACAAGCCCAAGCUCGCCAUCGGCUCCCUCGACACCAAGAAGGGCGGCGCUGAGCCUGCUCCCGCUCCCGCUCCCGCCGCGAAGCCUGCACCCGCCCCCGCGAAAGCUCCCGAAGAGAAGAAGGCCGCUCCCGCCGCCGCUGCUGCUGCUGCUGCGCCCGAGCCCGAGGCUCUUGAGCCAUAUGGCGAUCUUAUUCCCUUCGCCGACCCUAACUGGUACCAGGGUGCUUUUUACUGGACGCGCGAGCUAACCAACGGACCCAUCCUCGUUUGGGAUAUCCAGUACUACUCACCCUACUUCAACGAGACCCAUGCCGCCCUCCGUGCCGAGGUUCGUGAGUGGGUCACCUCCGCCAUGGAGCCCAAUGUCACCGAGUGGGACGAGGCCAAGACGGUUCCCGCCGAAAUCUAUCAGGAGAUGGGUCGUCGGGGUUACCUCGCCGGCCUCCUCGGCGUUCACUACCCCACCCAGUACACCAAGAACACGGUCGCCAGCGUGCCUCCCGAGAAGUGGGAUCUCUUCCACGAGAUGAUCAUCACCGACGAGCUUUGCCGUGCCGCCUCGGGCGGUCUCGUAUGGAACCUCAUUGGUGGUUUCGGCAUCGGCUGCCCUCCUCUCGUCAAGUUUGGCAAGAAGAGCCUCGUCGACCGCAUCCUCCCCGGCAUCCUGUCCGGUGACAAGAGGAUCUGCCUCGCCAUCACCGAGCCCGAUGCGGGCAGUGACGUCGCCAACCUGACCUGCGAGGCGAAGCUCAGCGAAGACGGCAAGCACUACAUCGUCAACGGUGAGAAGAAGUGGAUCACCAACGGUAUCUGGAGUGACUACUUCACCACCGCCGUCCGCACCGGCGGCCCCGGCAUGAAUGGCGUCUCUCUCCUCCUCAUCGAGCGUGAGGCCGGCGGCGUCAGCACCCGCAAGAUGGAUUGCCAGGGUGUAUGGUCUUCCGGUACCACUUACAUCACCUUUGAGGACGUCAAGGUCCCCGUCGAGAACCUUCUCGGCAAGGAGAACCAGGGCUUCCGAGUAAUCAUGACCAACUUCAACCAUGAACGUAUCGGCAUCAUCAUCCAGGCCCUUCGUUUCGCCCGCGUCUGCUACGAGGAGUCGGUUAAGUACGCCUCGAAGAGGAAGACCUUUGGCAAGAAGCUCAUCGAGCACCCCGUUAUCCGCCUGAAGCUCGCCCACAUGGCGCGCCAGAUCGAGGCGUCGUACACGUGGCUCGAGAACCUUAUCUACCAGUGCCAGCGCAUGGGCGAGACCGAGGCCAUGCUCAAGCUCGGUGGCGCCAUUGCCUCCCUCAAGGCCCAGGCCACCGUUACCUUUGAGUUCUGUGCGCGCGAAGCCAGCCAGAUCUUUGGCGGUCUCUCCUACUCUAGGGGUGGGCAGGGCGGCAAGGUCGAGAGGCUCUACAGGGACGUCAGGGCGUACGCCAUCCCCGGUGGUAGCGAGGAGAUCAUGUUGGACCUCAGCAUAAGGCAAAGCAUGAGGGUACACCAGGCUCUGGGAAUGAAGUUGUAA